AUACGACCCAUUCCCCACUGAUCCGCAGAAACCCGACUCCUCGAUCCCCAGUUCCCCACCUCGUCUCCUCGAGCGCUCGCCGGCGGGCGGUUCGCCGGCGGCGCGGCGGAGCACGUGCUCCUCUUCCCCGAUCUCCUCCUCCGCGUCGUGGCCGCCAAGCUCUAGACGGGACAGGACGCCAUCCAUCCUCCAGGUUAUCCACUUCCGCUCCCUUCUGCUGGUAAGCGCUCCGCCGUCGCCUCAAUCUGUCGUGGGAUCGAGCUCCGCACCGGUGCCUCCGAUCCGUACGUCGGUCUCCGGGCCGAAGGCGGACGGUGGUCGGGGAUGGAUCGGCCCCAACGCCGGCGUCGUGGCCGGGCUUCGGAUGAAUGGUGUGCGGGUGACGGGCCUGUAGUCCGUCCGUCCGUCUGCUGAUCUGCAUCACGCGGCCAACAAGUCAAUAGAUAGUGAACUGUAGUACUGUACCACUACCAAUACUGACAUAUUCUGAAGACAAAACAAACCAAUUCUGGGAAAUUGUAGACGAGAUUCCAAGAAAUUUCGUGACUCUUGUCUGAUUCUGAUGUCCAUCAAGAGGAUGCAAAGCACCAAGUUGGGUCGUCAUCAGCACGUAUGCCAGGUGACGGGAGGACACAGUGACGGCUCAUGAUUUGGUUCGUCGUUCCAUCGGCCUAAUUUUUUCCUUUUGCCAUACUUGUUAGUAGUUGAGCUGUCUUAAUCGGCCUAAUUUUCUUCGUUUAGUCGUCUUAAUAAAAUUAUUGUUCGUUUAGCUAGGUGGGUCGUCUGGUCUAGUGCUUAAUUUGGGUAUUGCUGGCUUUACAUAAGUGGGAUAUUUAAUAUUGUUGCUAUGAUUAUCCAGUUUUGUCAUUUCUUGAUGAUGGAACAUAUAAUGGCCAACAUGUCAAUCAAUAGCAGGCCCCAAAGCACCGCUUCUCCAUUCAGGCAUCCACUCUGACCAGCUAGCCCAUUGAGCAAAGGCGAGCAAACACAUUGGUUUUAUGAUGGCAGCAGUGAACUCUUCCAUGGGGGUCAUGGCGCCACUCCUCACCAAACUUGCCAUGCUGCUCAGCAACAAGUGCAAGAAACUCAAGGGAAUGCGUAAGAACAUUGAGUUCCUUAGCCAUGAGUUGACCGAAAUGAAUGCUGUGUUGGAGAAUCUUGCAGAUAUGGAGAAGCUAGAUGGACAGCAGAAGCUGUGGAGGAAUGACAUCCGCGAGAUGGUCUACGACAUCGAGGACUGCAUUGAUGUCUUCAUGUACCAUCUUGGUGAUGGUAAUAACAAGGAUGGCUUGCUCAGGAAGACUGCACGCAAGCUCAGGAAUUUGCGUGCUCGCUAUCAGAUUGCCGACAAGAUUCAAGAACUCAAGGCUCGUGUCAUGCAGGUGGCUGAGCGCCGUGAUAGGUAUGCCAAUCUAGGUGUAUCUACCUCAAGCAUUCCCAAAGUGGUGGAAGUUGAUCCGCGUCUACCUGCACUCUAUGAAGAUGCAAAAAAUCUUGUGGGCAUUGACGGUCCAUGUAUGGAAAUUACUCAGUGGCUAAUGGAUGAAGUAGAGAAUGGUUCGAUACAACAACUUAAAGUUCUCUCUGUAGUUGGCUUUGGAGGCAUUGGCAAGACAACUCUUGCCAAACAAGUAUACAACCAAUUGAAAAAACGAUUCAAUUUCACAUCAUUCGUGUCAGUGUCUCAAAACCCUGACAUGGUUAAGCUGCUGAGAAAUUUACUUUCAGGAACAGGAUUUCAAGGCUACGGAAUUCUUGAUGACCAUCAAAAGCUCAUUGACACCCUCAGAGGACAUCUUGCUAAUAAGAGGUACCUUAUUGUAGUUGAUGACAUAUGGAACACUCAAGCAUGGAGCAUUAUUCGGUGUGCUUUUGCUCAAAAUAAUCAUGGUAGCAGAGUUAUAGUUACAACAAGAAUCGAAGAUGUAGCUACAAAGUGUUGCGUUGAUUUCCAUGGUAUGGUGUACAAGAUGGAGCCACUUAAUGAGUUUAACUCACAAAAGUUAUUUUGUAAAAGGAUAUUUGAUUCGGAUAGUAUUCCUGAGCAGUAUAAAAAUGUAUCAGAAGAUAUGUUAAGAAAAUGCAAAGGUGUCCCAUUGGCAAUCAUUAGCAUUGCUAGCCUUUUAUCCAGUGAAGGCAUGAAUGUGGGUAAGUGGAAGAAGAUUCAUAACUUUAUGGGUUCUGAGUCGGAAACAAAUCCCACUCUAGAAUGGAUGAGACAUGUACUGAAUCUGAGCUACCUUGACCUCUCACAUAAUCUCAAGACAUGCUUCCUGUAUCUAGGAAUAUAUCCUGAAGACCAUACAAUUUUCAAAGCUGAUUUGAUAAGGCUAUGGAUAGCUGAAGGAUUUAUCCAUGAGAAACCUGGUUUGGAUCUGGAGGAAACAGCUGAGAGCUAUUUCAACGAACUCAUUAAUAGGAGUAUGAUUAAGCUAGAUGAUUAUCGUUCCAGUGAGGCAUGUCAUGUCCAUGACCUUAUGCUUGACCUUAUAAUAUCGAAGUGCCAGGAGGAAAACUUCAUCACUAUAGCAUCUAAGCAGCCUGUAAAGAAUGUAACAAAGCUUCCAGUUCGUCGUCUGUGCCAUCAGUUGUCAUACGGAAACUUGGCCAUGGAAAGAAUGAAACUAUCACAGGUUCGAUCCUAUAAUACUUUCCCUGCGUUUGGCUGCAGUAUGCAGCCUCCUAUUUCUAUGUUUGAGCAUUUGCGGGUAUUGGAACUUAGGGCCUAUUCUACAUCCGUUUUCCUUGAUUUGUCUGCUGUGAGCAACCUCUUCCUGUUGAGACACUUGAGUAUCAGAGGUUUCAGGUUAAAGCUGCCUCAGAAAAUUGGGAGACUCCAGUGUUUGAGGACACUAGAUCUACUAGGCAGCCUUUUGGUUACUGGUUUUCCAUCAGAUGUUAUUUCUCUAUCAUCAUUGUGUCAUCUAACAGUUUCAGGUGAUGCAGUGCUGCCUAAUGGGAUUCAGAAACUGGUCUCUCUACAAACUUUGUUGACCUUUAAUUCAGGGGGUUUGCCCGACAUUUUUACUAUUGUGGAGAAAAUUUCUCGAUUUAAUUCAUCUGCUAUCAGACUGGCAAAAACACGUCGUUUCAACAAUGGAGGUCUUCGUUCUACCAAUGGAGGUCUUCGUUCUCCCCCUGCCUCCCUUGAGUUUCCAAGUUUCGAUGAUGGUUGGCCAACUGAAUCCAUUCUGGACUACCUAUCUCAGCAUCUGGAUACACCAGCUUCCUCACAUUCGGACCUCUUCUCGCCAAAUUUGGUUGCUUGUUCACCGCAUAUUCUGAAUUUUGCAUCGUUAUGGCUUCAGCAACUCAUCAUCCGUAAGAACAUUCGCAAUGUCCCAUCCUGGCUGUGGUUUUCUCUGAAGCUCACAAUGCUAGAGCUUCGUGUUGAGGAGCUCAGUUGCCGCGACGUCCAAUUUCUUGCUGGGCUGCCCUGCCUUGUUGACCUCGACUUGACUGCUCAAGCUACCCCUGAGAACAUCAUCACUAAACGCGUUACCACGCGUUUGGGAAGAAUCACCCAUACCGACAAUUUCCCAAAGCUGCAGAAAUUUGUUUUAACAUGUGAUUUGGCAUGCCUGACGUUUGAGCCAGGGGCAAUGCCACAGCUUCAGAUUCUGAAGCUAGAUGACAAGAAGCCUUCUAACUUGGAGGAAGGGCAUGGCACCAGUGGAGCGGCGCAACAUGGCAAAACUCCACUUAUUGGCAUCGAGCACCUACCAAGGCUUGAAGAGGUCCAAGUGACAAGCCACUCCAGCAAGGUGCCUGCAUACAGGGACGCCGUCCAAAGGCAUCCAAGGUUUCAAGACAUACGUGCCACGUUUAAUAUCUAUAAUUGAAGUACAAGGACUCAGAAAAUAGCGCUGAAAGACGCUCUCGGCGAUGAAUACAAGCUACUCAAGGGGGUUCAAAAAGAGAUUGCAAUCCUGAAGCAUGAGCUGAGCUGCCUAAUUCCCUUCUCCAGAAGCUUAUCGACUUAGGAGUGGAAGGACAAGGUGCGGGAACUGGCCUACGAUAUUGAGGACUGUAUCGACAUCUUCCUGCACCAACUUCAUCCUAGAGAGGACAAGGAUAGACUGGUCUGGAAGGCGGUCCGGAAGAUCAAAGCAACUAUGUGCCUGCCCGCCAUCAAAUCGCCCUCCAAAUUCAAGAACUCAAGGCACAUGUCGAUAUACAUGAUCGAUGUAUCAACCUCUGGCGAUAGGUUCAUAAGGAUUUGAUUCCCGAUUGUCGUUGCUUUAUGCAGAAGCUGGAGGCCUUGUUGGCAUUUGUAGGUUGUUUAGGGCCUGUUUAGUUCGCGAAAAGAAAAUUUUUGAUUGUCACAUCGGACGUUUGACCGAAUAUCGGAAGGGGUUUUCGGACACGAAGGAAAAAACUAAUUUCAUAACUCGCCUGAAAACC